GCACGUCGAUUUCCAAACGGCAAGCACAGGAAGCGCCCAGUGCACUGAGGCCAGCGACUGAAUUGUAGAUCGGCGCUGUUUGACAAGACGCCGCGCACACUUGCGGGGAAACCGAAGGUCAUCCCGACUCCUCCGCCCGGCGCACACGGCCACAGCCAUGGACAGUUUCGAUCUGAAUGCGUCGGAGAAGGCCGAGGCGUCCGAGCUGCAGCGGAUGAUCGCCAUAGAGCAGCAGAAAGCUCAGUUCCAGGCUCAGGUGCACAAUUUCACCGACGUCUGCUGGGACAAGUGUGUGGACAGUCCGGGCUCGAAGCUGGAUUCCCGGACAGAGACGUGCUUGGUGAGCUGUGUGGAGCGCUUCAUCGACACCACCUUGACCAUCACCAAUCGCUUCACGCAGAUAGUGCAGAAGGGCACUCAUUAAUGACGGACUGCCAGUGCCAGCAGGCCUGGGAAAUACUUUAGUGAAAAGCAUCUGCCAUAGCCUGUACUGUCAACCUUUAUGUUCCUCAGAUGUGAUCAAACAUUGUUGGUAUGACAUGAAAUGUUUUGUAACACGAUGAUGGAGGAUGAUGAAAAUGCUGCAUAUGGUUUAUAUGAGUUGUUCUCCAGCUGGGGUCCUGUGACCCUCAGGGGUCCUUUAGGAGUUUCACAGGGACCCCCUACAGAAUGAUGCCUAGUUUCAGUAUGUACUGGGCAGCUUUGCAUGUGUGAAUGUGAAUUUUGUGGACCUCAAAACCCAGGGAUCAUGUUAUGUGAUGUCAGUAAACUGCAUUCUCAUGUUUACCAAAUCUUUGUUGUGAUGCUUUAUAAAGGGACAAAAGAA